UCAGUAUCGAAGCUCGAUAGUAAAUCAUAGUAGAGUAGAGUCAAGAGUUUACAAACUGGUGCACGGACAACUUUCUAGAACUGAAUCAGUGAAUAUCACAAAAACUAAAGAACUUAUAAUAGAUUUUAGAAAGAAAAAACAAACUAUAUGUGAACUGCAAAUAAACACUACAUGGUACACUACAUCUAAAUGAUCUAUAGACAGAACAAGUAAACGCAUAUUAAAAAUAUCUAGGUGUUAUCACCAACAACAAGCUUUCAUGGGAAGACCACCUUGGAACUCUGACAAAGAAAACAGCCCAGCGACUCUUUUUUCUAUACAAACUCAAUAGCUUUAAACUAAACAAGAAGAUCCUUGAGACAUUUUACGGCGCGACUGCACAAAAUCUGCUAACAUACGGAAUAAGUUGUUGGCAAGGCAAUGCCUCAUCUAAACUGUUGUGACGUCUAGAAAACAUCAUUAAAAAAGCAUCAAAAAUUACACUCACAACAUUACCACAUUUAAAGGAACUUUUUGAACAAAAGUGCUUAAGAAAAAUCGAAAAAAUCAUGGAAGACAACAGCCACCCGCUCCAUCAGACUAUGUCAGGUCAUCACGAAGUGGGCGACUGCUGUCAAUCAAAACAAGAACGAAGCGGUACAAAAACUCGUUCGUACCUCACUCGGCCAGACUCUAUCACCGCCACUCAUUUAUCAGGGAACAUGAAAUGCACCAAGAAACCUGUUUAUAAUUAUGCAAAGUUACAGCACUUCAAGUCACAUUGGAAUAAUGAUUUGAUACUGUAGAUAUUCUGUGAAAACAAAUCAAUGACUUUUAGUUUUGGUAUAACUGAACACACAAGCUGAAAUUAAACAUGCUUAGAAUUUUGCUGGUAUUUCUUUGAACACUUCAUUUUAAUGUCAUGAUAAAAUGUAUUCAUUGCAUCAUACAUCUCAGCGUAUGAUCUGUUAAUGUUAAAAUUUUACCAGAUGAUAAUCAUGUUUAAUUAAUUAGUUGCCAUUGUGGUAAAUAUAAAUGGCCCAGAAGGAGAAAGGAGAAUCACAUCAAGAUGAAGUUGAUGAAGUGAACUCAGAACUGAUUUAUGACACUGUAGUGUCUCAAGGAGGAAGUAUUAAAGCAGAACUUCAUAUGGGCACCAAAAAAGGUUACUGUAGCUCUGAUAUUGAUGGUGGUUAUGGCUGGGUAAUUGUUCUUGCCAGCUUCUUCAAUGCCUUUGUCAUUGAUGGCAUUGGCAGCAGUUUUGGUCUGUUGCUGCCCUACAUGAAAGACAAAUAUGGUGCUAGCGAUUUUCUGAUGUCUUUUGCAAACUCUUUAUUUAUGGCAUUUCUCAUUAUGGGAACUGUUUCCGUCCAUUUAACCAACAAGUUUGGUGUUCGACUUGUUACUGUGAUUGGUGGCUUCAUUGCUUGUGUCUCUUUUAUUGGCAGUGCCUAUGUGAACAAUGUUUUUGUGUUCAUUUUAUUGUAUGGUCUCCUUGCAGGUUGUGGCUGUGGUCUUGUAUUCCUGCCAUCUAUCAUCAUUGUCAAUGCUUAUUUUCACAACUGGAGAGGUAUUGCCAAUGGCAUUAUCUCUGCUGGCUCAGGGGCAGGUCUUGUUGUUCUAAGCCCUCUAAUUAAGUAUUUGAUAGAGAAUUAUACCCUGGAGGGCACCAUUUUGAUUCUCUCUGGUAUCAUGCUAAACAUGUGUGUCUUUUCCAGCCUCUAUCGGCCACCACCAUCAUUGGAGAAAAAUAGCAGCCAGAAUUCUAAUUCUUCAUCCUGUAGUUUAUCCUUAGACAACCUUGUACAUGUGUUAGACAGUGUCACAGAGCAGAAUGAGACUAUAGUGGAUAAAGAGACCAAUUAUUAUGAAGAAGCCACAGUUGACUGUGAUAAGCUAUCUAAGCUUGAAGGAGGUGAUGCCAACCAUGAUACUAAGCUGACCUAUUUGGUUCAGAAACAUCUCAAGUCUGAUCCUCCUUCCAAUGUGAAUAAAAAAGGUUUUCAUAGACUCAUAGCACUGAACAAGUCAGAUCAGAAAUCUCCUUGGAAGAGUGAGUAUCAGCUGAGGUCAGAGGCUGACCAUUCAGAUCAUUCCUUUCACUCCUCUGUGUACAAUCUCCCUACCUGGUACAAUGCGUCACACCAGGGGCUUAUCUUGAGAAAGAAAGUGGGAGGAAAGCAUAAUAGGAAGAUGAAUGCUGUCCAGCAUCUAUCACCUCAAGAGUGGGCAGCAGAUAAUGGCAGUCAGCUGUACUUGGCAGGAAGUAUUGCUACACUCAGGAGCCUACAGCAGAGACAUGUUCAUAGCCAUCUUCAGGUACCAGCAGCCAGCCAGCAGUUCAGCAGCCUGCCUAAAUUUAGAUUCAGCUCUUCUGACCUUCCUGUUGAUCAACCAGAGUCUAAGCAGCAAGCCAAAAAUAACAUUCAGACCAGGGAUCAAUCUAAAGCAAGCGUAUUAUCUGACCAUCAGGAUGGACUUAAGCAGUUAACUACUGGUCAUUUAUCUUCUGACCAGUCCAACCUCCUGGACAGCAACAUAGAAAAGAACAAUAACAGUGAGGAUGUUGUACAGUCUGGCCAUUCACUGGGUCAGCUCCUGUGUCUGCCCUCAUUUCACCUGUUUUCUCUGGGUGCCUCACUUAUUCAGAUUGGCUACCCUAUAGCCAGUACAUUUUUAGCUAAUUAUGCCAAGCAGCUUGAGCCUAGCAGUAAUACAGCAUUAUUGAUGAGUUUAUUGGGAGCAAUGAAUAUAUGUGGUCGUUGUUUAGCAGGACUUCUAGUCAGCUUUCGUGUUGACCCUUUUCACCUAAAUAACAUCUCCUUACUGUUGGUUGGUCUGAGCUGCCUGUUAACCCCUAUAUAUCAAGAGUUCUGGACACUUUGUCUGUUCUCUGCAUUUUAUGGCUUCUUCUUAGGUUUCUUCCCUCCACUCCAGCCUUUGAUCAUAGUGAAACAAUUUGGCAUUGGCUCACUAGCCACAGCUUUUGGUUUCCUGACUACUAUAAAAGGAUUAGCCUCAUUUCCUGGAGCUCCGCUGGCAGGCUGGAUCAAUGAUGAGACUGGGAACUAUGCUCUGUCCUUUGUCUUUGGUGGCACUGUCUUUUUCCUGUCUGGCCUGGUCCACUACCUCAUGAUGUGUGUGAAAAAAUAA